AUGUUGGCCGACGGUCCCUUUCUGCACGGUACAGACGGCCUCGUCCCCUCGACGCCCGCCUCGGACCGGCUCCGAGGCGACUUUGGACAGCUCGACUGUGCAUCGGCGCUGGCGCUGGCGCUAGCAUGGGUAAGGCAGUCGCGCUGCGCCCUCGAUGCAGCGGAGCUGGCUCUGCUCGGCGUCAAUGGCCAUGCUCGCUGCGGCGAAGCCACAUACACGCCCACACGGCCGCCGUCGGAGCAUAGCCAAGCUUCCUCGCCCUUGGCACCAGGGUCGGUUCCUGGCUCCGCCGAUGAUGCCAAGCCGCGAUGCCUUUGCCGAAGCGCCUCGACAGCGCACGCAAGCGGUCUGGUCUGUGGCAGCGAGACCAGACACAGCGAAUACGUGCGAGAGAGCUGGCGGUCGGCCUGCUCGUCUUUCAAAGACCCGCUGCCAGGAUCAGACGACGGUGCCGCACGUGUCCGACCGAUACCCCACGGUGACCGCAACUCGGCUGCAAGCAGCAAGGCGAGCGCCGGCGACAGCAUCGACUCGAUGGAACCGCUGCGCUCAUCCAUCCGAAGCAGGGACGUAGCGACUCUCGAGCAAAUCACCGAGGAGGAGAGGAGCGGCGAGGACGAGCGAAUCGUGGAAGAGGAGGCGGUCGCGGCGGCAAGAGAGGGCGUAGGCGUGGCGCUCGCGCAGACUGUUGGCGACGGUGGCAAGUUGCCAGCCACGUCCGACGAAGAAUCCCUGCUCGACGGACCAAGGCCAAUCAGGCUCGCCUCUGAGAGGCUUUCGGAGCUCGUUUCCAGCCUCCUGAACACCGAUCCCACCGCUAGUGACGGAUCGAUCGCGUCAACGAAACCGGGAUCUGGCAAUGGCUCUCUGGGCAACCGGCGCCGGCGACCACCUUUGGCGAUCCCGCCAUAUGCGCAACAGCCUCUGCCUGCCCCGCCGCUAGAGCCCGACGAUUCCGAUGCGGAUCGACAGCCGCACAGGUCGCUUCCGAUCCUCAACCUCGGGCACGCCCGUUCCGACGAUACGCUACGCAGCGCCGAGCCUGAGCGAUGCGUGGCUGGCCCAGAGACUGGGUUUGCGCGGUGGUACAAGCAAUCCGUCGCUCGAGCCCAAAACACCGAGCCGCUCAAGACGGCGGACGGGAGCCCGCCGCCCUCGAAAUUGCAGGCCGCGCUCAGCCAGGGCGACCCGAACGCAGGCGUUGUAUGCCUGGACGUGCAGUACGACGCCAAGACGUCACCUAGCCCGACGUCGAGCGAGUGGCCUUUCGGCCUCACUGACGGGGACGGUCAGGGCAGCCGUGAUCGAUUCAAGGCGCGAGAGGGAUCGCACAGCGAGAGCAGCGACGGCACCGACGAGGACUGGCCGACGGACCGAAAGGCCUUUUGCCACCCGCGCCGGGCGCCACAUCCCCCGUCUCCCCCGCGUUGGCACAAGGUCGAAGAUGGUUCGAGGGCGCCGAGUCCGGCAGACGUACCGCGCCGACACGAGCGCACCGCGUCGGAGGCUGCACGACCUGCGAGCGCCAAAGCGGCUGCGUCGAGGACGAGGAAGACGAGCGGCGUCAAUCGGGAAGGCUCGUUGCGACUGCUGGACCGGGUGGGCGCCAAGCUAAAGCUCAAGCGGCUCUCCACCGAGUCGAGCGAGGAGCGCGACCUGUUCCGUGGCUGCAGCCCGACGAAGGUGGGCAAGAUCCCGUCGCCGCUACCGAUGGGCUGCGAGGGGGCGUCCGAGGUCUUGAUCAAGCCGACCAAGGCGAAAGAGGGCGAUGCCGGUCCGGGUCUGCCGUCGGUGUUCGACCACCAACAACAACAGCAGCAGCAGCAGCAGCACCGCCGCCGCCGGCUUCGUCUUGGCGUCGGCGAGAUGCCGAGGUAG